CACCAAAGACUCCCCCCAUUUUUCAGAGGUGGUCGCCCCCACAACGGUCGCUGCCAGGUUUCGAUCCUUGGUCAUUCUCCAAACUUCACCAAGUGCUUACCACUUGGGCUACCCGUGCGGGUUCUUGCCUUUCUCUCUCUCUCUCGUGCCACUUGGGCUACCCGUGCGGGUUCUGCCAGGUUUCGAUCCUUGGUCAAUUCCCCCCUUUUUAAUUAUAUAUAUCAUCGCCACUUCCUCCCAUUUCAUAUCUAUUUCUUCCCCUCUUAAAAAAAGAAAGAAAGAAAUUAAAGAAAGAUGCAGAAAUGCAGCAGCCGCCAUUGUUCUUGCCUUUCUUCUUCUCCUCUCUCAAUGUUCUUAUCAUCAUCUCUGCCAAACGACGACUUGUUCCCGCCGGUGCAGGCUGUGGAUUGUACUCUUUCUUUGGCCACGCCCUCUUCCACUCCGCCGCCACACGACACCCGCCGAAGCACCGCCUCUACUCAUUUCUGCUGGGAUAUUUUUCCGCCCCCGCCGCCGCUGCCGGUCUCUUCCUUCCUCCGCGACACUACUAUUGUCCCCCAUCGCCAGUGUGUCAAUUGCCACACCACUUCCACUCCCCUCUGGAGAAACGGUCCUUUUGGCCCUAAGUCACUAUGUAACGCGUGCGGGAUACGCUACAAGAAGGAGGAGAGGAGGGCGUACGCGGCGGCGGCCAGAGCAAACGGCGGCAGCGACGGUUCAGGCGUAGCUUUGGGGAGCGAGACGGCGCAGCGCGUGGUGAUGAUCAAGAAUACGUCAUGGCCGCCUGCUCUACCACCGCUCUACACGCAAGCACAGAAAAAAGGCUGCUUCCCUACUUCGGCGGCGUACGGCGGCGGGCGGAACGAGUUGAUGAGCUUCUUGGACGCGGGAGGCGGGGACCACCGCCGUCGCGAUCCUGACGUCAUCUCAUGGCGUCACCUCAGCAACGUCGUGUUCUUCCCCGGGGCCAAUAAUAAUAAUAGGUCGUUCAUCACGACUUCAUCAUUACCGUGUCAUGAUAUGAUUUAAUUUAAUUCUGCUCAUUAAUUAAUUAAGUACUUAAGAAGUAAGUAAUCUAUCUAUAAGAUUUUUUGUAGGGGACGGAAUCAUCUACUCCCUAAUUAAUUGAACAAUUCUAAUUUUGGUGCUUGAGGUUAAUUUAUCAGGUAAUUUAAGUUAUUGUAUUUGUAACAUAAAAAAAAGUGAGCCUUUUA